AUGUUUAAACAAAAACCAGAAAUGGAAAUACUAAAAUAUGGACCUAAAUCAACAAAAUCAAACUUAAAAGCAUUAAAAAGAACAGAAACCAUUUUAUCUGAAAAAAAAAGUUCUUUUGAAGAUAGCCGAGUAACUUUAUUACUAUUUGAAAAAUAUCGAAUUGUAGAGAUAACCAGAUUUAGCGUUAUACUUGCAUGCUAAAUCUUAGCAAUCCUAUAGGUACUUAUUGAUUCUUAUCACUUAUUAGUAUGAAAGUUCAUUUCAAGAUCAAUUCGAUAGAAAUUUCGACGAUGAAACAACUCUACUCCUUUACCUUAUUUUCAUUUAAACCCUUGCUGCAAGUAUAUCGCAUAUUUAAAUUUAGUUACUCUUACCUUAAUUUCCUAUUAAGUCCUUUUAGCUUAUCAAAAGAAGGCUAAGAUGAUUACACCUUAGGCUAGUCUAUUAGAUUCCAAUCUAAUAUAAGGUCUUAUAAUAGAAGUUUUGUUGAUGAUACCCUCUCCUACUCCUUUCACUCAAAGGAUCAAAAUUACAUUUUCCGAACGUUACACAAAUACUUUACGCUAUUAUUAUUUAAAUGAAAUUCUAACUUACAUACUUACAUGUAGAGUUGUACUUUUAAUUAAUAUUGCCCUCAAAUUUUAAGGAUUUUACAAUAGUCAAAUAGGCAGAUUGUGGUUAAGUAUUUAAUUCUAUUUUUAGCCGACUCUAUUCUACUGAAUUUGAUACACAUUUAGUAUUCAAAAUAUGUAUGAAGGAUAUUCCUGGCUUUACAUUGAUGGGUUUAUUUGGAGCUGGAAUGCUUCUAUUUGGUUAUAGUAUGGAAAUUGCUGAAAGAGCCCUUCUUCGUGAUGAAUCUUCAUAUAGUAAUUACAAUGUGUGUAAUUCUCUUUGGGUUACUCUAAUUACAAUUGCCACUGUUGGUUAUGGUGAUUUUUAUCCCACAACAGAUUUAGGUAGAUUAUCAAUGGCCGUUUGUGUUUUCUGGGGUGUUUCCAAUACUUCUCUCUUCACUGCUAUGCUUUACUCAAUGUUGCAAGCAGAAACUAGUGAAGAAUUAGUAUGGGCUUUGCUUGAAAAAGCAAGUGUAAGCAAAGUUAUGAGGGCUUUUAGUUAAUUUUUGUUUGUCAGAAUACAAAAACUCAAGCUUAAGGCUUAAUCAUUAAAUUAUAACGAUAAAAGUCAUUUUUAAGGAUAAGCUGGUUUGAUUCAAGAAACCUUAAAGGCAAUUACUUAAAUGAAAAGGUAAUAUAGAGAUAUUGAUGGAGAAGAGACAAUGGCUAUGGCAUAGAGAAAAUUCAAAGAUAUAAAUAACAUGUUCGAUGAAAAUUAUUCUAUCUUGAAUGAGAUUAAAAGAUUACAAUUAAUCACAAAUAUCCAUUACUCAUAUUGUCAUGGUUCUAAGUGUAAUUCAGAUUCAAAAAAUAAAUAAAGUUCCCCACAUAUCUAAACUAAUCAAACUGAUGAUAAACAAAGUAAAGAUGAAGCAUUUUUCGCUAAUUUGUAAGAUAAUGAAUCCAAUCUAUUUUUGAUGGAUUUUUGUGAUUGA